GGUUGGAUUCCAAAUGCCCCCCAAAACGUGGACUCUUCGGUGUCGAGGGUAAAUUGAGUCAAAGAGGACAUGUGCAAAUCUUGUAGAAGCCGAAGCGAAUUCUGCCUAUUGCUUUCUCGGUCACUUUUCUUCUACUAUCGAAAGAACCGAUUCUCUCCAAGAACUAGUGAGGAUGUCGUAUCGAGAACCUCCGCCGCGAUCUUGGAGGCACGAGAAUCUUCACAGCAGACGCCUUGCGAGGAAAACAGGAAAACAGGAAAACAGGAAAACAGGAAAAAUGGAAUUCUCGAAAAGAUGGCCGGCUUCGCAACGUUCCGGCGAGUACGUUAGCAGCGCAGAGCCGCACGCGCACGGGGGGUGUUCAAAUUCGCUCUAGCUGGCGUCUAGGCGUAGAUACAAACGAUCUGGUCGUUAUUCGAUCGAACAGGGAGGCGGAGAGGCAGCGAGACCGUAGCAAAGGUACCGGUGACUCCUCUGAGCGUCGCAGGGUGGAAAGAUUUGGACGAUGAGCGGCCAGCCGGGCUUCCCACACAUCACUCAUGUCUGCACCUUUCCAGUUCUAUGUCACCCACCCACCUGCACUGUCAUUCCUCGGCGGAGGAAAAAGGGACCCCGACAUAAUUCGCUGCAAGAGGAGCUGAGCAGGAGGACGACGAGAAGUCAAGGCUGAGUGAGUGUGGGUGUCGCCACUCGAUGUAAAGAAAAUUUUUUCUCGCUAUCAUUGGAGAAAGAAAAUAAUUUCUUGCCACGAGCUUCCAGUGUUGUGUUGUCCAUUGGGGACACAGUGGUCUCCGCCAGGGGUCAGCGAGCAAUUGUGAUUUUUCUCUGAGCUUUGACUGUGAAUGAAUCCGGGAAAGAUAUGUUUUCGUCCGGUACCUCCGUAUGGACCGGUCUUGCAGUUUCUUGAUUUAGAAAGAUUGAGGGAAGCCUGUCAGUAGGUCCGACUAGGAGCGAAUAUCAAUUCUUGAGAAACCCAUCCGUCUGGGCGCAGCUGAAGCGAUGGCGGCCAGCAGCGUCAGGUGCCAGGGUGUUGUUCAGGUCCCCGGCCAUUCGCUCUUCAGUGUUCCUUACCAGAGAUGCAACCUGCGCUUGCGCACCAAAAUUAGCUAUCAAGGGUGUUCGCUCGAAGAUUCGAGAGCGACGGGGAUAAGAAUCGGGCGAGGAAUUCAAGCGCCAUCAGUUUCGACGGAAAGUGUUUCUGUUCUGGACGCCCUCACCGUCGUUAAUGAAAAUGAAUACAUUGGGUACGGCUGUCUUCUUGAUGACAACACCUUCAGAGAACGCUUUGUUAUACGAUUUUCUGAGGUUUCAACUCGAGGAAGAAUUUCGUUGGAAACUCUGGCUUCGUUACUCCAGGAGGCAGCGACAAAUCAUGUCCUGAAGAUGGAGUAUGGGUUCUCUCCGGGAAAGAACAUGAAUGGAAACAUAACCGUGACAACAAGAAUGCACAUUGAGGUGGACAAAUAUCCAGAGUGGCGUGAUCUAGUGGAGAUCGAUACUUGGUUCCAGCCGGAAGGAAAGAAUUCUGUUCGUCGGGAUUGGAUAGUGAAGAAUGUUAGAACAGGCGAGAGCAUCGCGUUUGCAACGAGCACCUGGGUGCUCAUGAACAGCCAAACAAGGAGAUUGUGCAAGAUGACAGAGGACCUCUGGCAGGAGCUUGAGCCGCACAUGAGGAGCCCCGCUAAGUGGGCUAUGUCAGAAGAGAGAAGGCAAGAGAGCUCUACGAAGAUCCCCAAACUUGGAGAAGAAGCAGCUCUCAGAAUCGAGGGUGUCGUGGCUUCUGAACGAGACUGUGACAUGAAUCAGCACGUGAACAACGUUCGGUAUCUGAGCUGGAUGAUCGAGACAGUCCCAGAAGAGGUUAAACGUUCACACGAGGUCAGUAAGAUCACAAUAGAGUACCGCCAAGAAGCCAAUCAGGAAGAAUGUGUAGAUAUAGUAGCAGAUAUCGAGAAAACAGAAAAUAUCGACACGAAACAUUUUACUCAUCUCACGAAGAAAAGCAGUGAUGGUAAAGAAAUCAACAGAGGUAGAACCGUGUGGAGGCCAUCGCAGUGAUUGUGCAUUGCGGGCCAGAGCUCGUCCGGUCACGUGAGACGCCAGGUGAUGGAGAUAUUUGUAGUGCAGAGGAAGCCGUAGGCAGCGAGAUAUACUGAGCUGCGAUCUCCGGAAAUCAGUGGGGGUGUGCUGAUCCGAAAGGUAAUCAUGUUUUAAUCAUGCCAGGAAUAUGCAUUAUUUAAUGCACAAAAGAUUAACACAUUAUUUGCCUGAUCCUGUACGUGCAAGAUAUGGAAGCAUGUUGGACAACUUUCACGAUGAACGAAUUUGGAUGAACGUGUCACUGCUCCUGCUCGGUGACUAGUAACCAGUUUCAGCAGUCUGCACCUCCUCCUCGUCCUCCUCCCCAUCAUGACAAUGUUCAAAUUCUGCCAUGGGGGUCAUGAAUACUCUCAUGCAUGGGCUCUUUAGCAGUUGUCCAAGCACAAGAAAGAACCAGUCUUUGAAUGCACAGGAAAAAUUGGCUACUGUAGAGGGGUUGUUUGUGCCAGGGCUGUGACGUUAUAAUAUUGAAGAAACGUCAUAGUGGAGUGCAGGAGUUCCAUAUUCCCUGGGGAACCAAGGGCCGAGGUGACGAUGAUGAGACUAGAUGAUGUCCCACAUGGAUGUAGUACAGCCUGGUUUGUAUUGACCACUUCCAGACAAGAUUCUCCGUGAAUUCCGGGGUAUGUGUCUGUUAUACGGUACGGCUCUUGUUCUUUCUGAACCACCUCUCGAUCAUACGGAAUGUUGACAUUUCGCUUCUACCGCCAGGACGACCAAGUCCAUUACCAGUCAGAACCUUUCCUCUCUCGGGUCCGAUUUCCGCUGGAAGACAGCGGACACGUUUGAUGCCCUGCGUCUCAGAUUCAAGCCUAUUUCGGAAAUAGGCGGUAGUUUACAUGCUCGUGCUUCAAAAGCGACGGGGCCGAUUACGACCAAUGGGCAUGCCAUACACGACAGACAGGACAGGAGCGCAG